UGCGGCGGCGACAGAUGGCGGGCCUCUCUUCCCCGGGGAAGGCAGAAUCUCGGCGAAUGCGGCUGCGUGUCAAUCACCCGCUCUCAUGUGAUGGCUCCUGCCAGUGACGUGCCCACCAUAUGGCCUGGCAUCAGAGCGGGUAUGUAACCCUGCCUGCCAGCCAUGCCACACCGUCUCUCUGCGCGGCCGGGGAAAGAGUAGCGCUCACGUCGGAUCACACACACACGCGCGAACCCACACAUACGCACACCCAUAGACCCUCGCCUCGACUCCUGCCGGAACAUCCUAUUGGGUUCUUGGUCCCCGAAGAUGAUGUAGACGGAGGAGGUACCUUCGCCCAAGCAAGUGCACUACCAACAAGUGCUGGUGGCGCCAUGCUGACGCGACUGUUCAACGAGCCGUCGCUGCUGGCGGAUGCACGCAAGUUUCCGGGCUGGGUGGACGACAGCGGCAGUGAGGACUCCAAGACCAACGACAAGGACGAGCAGGACCCCUGCCGUCUGGGACUGGACGAGGACCUGGAUGAGGAGGGCGAUGACAAGGGCGUCAGAGUUGGGCGGUCAGCAGCAGUUGAUGAGGACGACGAGGACGACGACGAGGACGAAGGCGGCAACGACGACGACGAGGACGGUGGUACAGAUCGGCCCAAGAAGCGCGGCCCGAAGAAGCGCAAGAUGACUCCGGCACGGCUUGAGCGCUCCAAGCUGCGACGGCAGAAGGCAAACGCUCGGGAGCGAACACGCAUGCAUGACUUGAACUCCGCGCUGGACAACCUGCGCAAGGUCGUCCCAUGCUACUCCAAGACCCAGAAGCUGUCCAAGAUUGAAACACUGCGCCUGGCCAAGAACUACAUCUGGGCUCUGUCUGAGAUCCUGCGCAAUGGCAAGCGGCCCGAUGUGGUCUCCUACGUCCAGACAUUGUGCAAGGGCCUGUCGCAGCCCACCACCAACCUGGUGGCAGGCUGCCUGCAGCUGAGUGCCCGCAACUUCCUGACUGAGCCGGGCAGCCAGGAUGGUGUUCGCGCGUUUCAUGCAGAGACGCCCUUCCAGUACCCAUACCAGUGCGCUCGGCUGGGUACCCAAGGUCCAACCCUGCCGACUACGCCAUGCUCAGCUGCCCACGCCCUCCGGGGCCACUCCUACUGCCCACCGUAUGACUACGCCGCCUCGCCGGACUAUGCCAGCCCUGAGUAUGAUGGCGCACCCCACAGCCCGACGCUCUGUGUCAACGGCAACUUCGCCUUUCGACAGGAUGCCGCCGCGGUAUCGCCGGAUGCAGAGCGGCCCUUCCAUCACCAUCACCACCAUCAUCACUACUCUAUGCACUACCAGCGCACCGCUGUCCCGUAUGGAGGCGCCUCGGGAGCUCGCGGCGGAGCUUCGGAAAAUGCCCCGCCCUUUCACGACGUGCACGGGCCACCUUAUGAGGAGCUGAACUCCUUUUUUCACAAUUGAAGCUUCUCAGACUGGGUGGGAAAGUUACUAAAUAAAAAAAAAUAUAUGUUU